AUGGCGGAGAUAAAGUGUGUCGGAGUAGUGGGUGCUGGUCAGAUGGGCUCAGGAAUCGCGCAACUCGCCGCUACGAACGGUCUCGACGUUUGGCUGUUGGACGCUGAUCGGGAUGCGCUCUCUCGAGCCACCGGAGCUAUCUCCUCCUCCAUUAAUCGUUUCGUCUCCAAAGGACACGUUCUUAGGUUACUUCACGAUCCUUUGGAGACUCUGGAGUUUAUUUUUAUUUUUUUUGAAGUUAGAGAUGAUGCUAUGCGUCGUCUACGUUUAACUUCCAAUCUUCAAGAUUUGUGUUCUGCCGAUAUUAUCGUUGAAGCUAUUGUGGAAUCCGAAGACGUUAAGAAGAAACUGUUCAAGGAUCUAGAUGGAAUAGCGAAGAGUUCUGCGAUUUUAGCUUCGAACACGAGUUCUAUCUCGAUUACUCGUCUUGCUUCCGCAACUAAAAGACCCAGUCAGGUCAUUGGAAUGCACUUUAUGAACCCUCCACCAAUAAUGAAACUGGUUGAGAUCAUUCGCGGUGCGGAUACCUCGGAAGAGACGUUUGUUGCCACAAAAGCCCUGGCUGAAAGGUUUGGCAAGACAACAGUGUGCUCGCAAGACUACGCGGGCUUCAUCGUGAACCGGAUUCUCAUGCCAAUGAUCAAUGAAGCGUUCCACACACUUUACACAGGGGUGGCUACAAAGGAAGACAUUGACAGCGGAAUGAAACACGGCACAAACCAACCGAUGGGUCCUCUGGAGUUAGCGGACUUAAUCGGUCUAGACGUGUGCUUGUCGGUAAUGAAAGUGCUACACGAGGGACUUGGGGACUCAAAGUACGCACCUUGUCCUCUUCUUGUUCAAUACGUUGAUGCAGGAAGAUUAGGAAGAAAACGAGGAAUCGGAGUUUAUGAUUAUCGUAAAGCUACACAGAAGCCUAUAACUCCAUCUCCUCGUCUCUGA